UGGCUGUGGCAGGAGAGGGCCUGCUGACAGCAGUUACCUAGGUUUCCGGUGCUCGGCCGGGGAGGAGGACGCCGCCGGACGUCCGAGAUCACAAUGAAGAACCAAGACAAAAAGAAUGGGCCUGCCAAACACUCCAACUCGAAGAGCAGCCCGGGGCAACGGGAAGCAGGUCCGGAGGGAGCUCAUGGACGACCCAGACAGACAGCUCUUGGGGCGGAAGCUGAAGGUUCCACAAGCCAGGCUCCUGGCAAGACCGAGGGGGCUCGAGCUAAAGCGGCUCAGACCGGGGCCCUCUGUGACGUCUCUGAGGAGCUGAGCCGGCAGUUGGAAGACAUCCUGAGUACAUACUGUGUGGACAACAAUCAGGGAGGCCCAGGUGAGGAGGGAGCGCAGGGUGAGCCCACUGAGCCGGAAGACACCGAGAAGUCCCGAACCUAUGCAGCCAGGAAUGGGGAGCCUGAACCAGCCAUUCCAGUAGUCAAUGGCGAGAAGGAGACCUCUAAGGGGGAGCCUGGAACAGAAGAGAUCCGAGCAAGUGAUGAGGUUGGAGACCGAGACCAUCGGAGGCCACAAGAGAAGAAGAAAGCCAAGGGUCUAGGGAAGGAGAUCACUCUGCUGAUGCAGACACUGAACACGCUGAGUACCCCAGAGGAGAAGCUGGCUGCACUGUGCAAGAAGUAUGCUGAGCUGCUGGAAGAGCAUCGGAACUCACAGAAGCAGAUGAAGCUCCUGCAGAAGAAGCAGAGCCAGCUCGUGCAGGAGAAGGACCAUCUGCGUGGGGAGCACAGCAAGGCCGUCCUGGCCCGAAGCAAGCUUGAGAGCCUGUGCCGGGAGCUGCAACGACACAACCGGUCACUAAAGGAAGAAGGUGUGCAGCGAGCCCGUGAGGAGGAGGAGAAGCGUAAAGAAGUGACUUCACACUUCCAGGUGACACUGAAUGACAUUCAGCUGCAGAUGGAACAGCAUAACGAGCGAAACUCCAAGCUUCGCCAGGAGAAUAUGGAGUUAGCCGAGAGACUCAAGAAGUUGAUUGAGCAGUACGAGCUUCGUGAGGAGCAUAUUGACAAAGUCUUCAAACAUAAGGACCUGCAGCAGCAGCUAGUGGACGCCAAGCUCCAGCAGGCCCAGGAGAUGCUGAAGGAGGCAGAGGAGCGGCACCAGCGGGAGAAGGAGUUUCUCCUGAAGGAAGCAGUGGAGUCCCAGAGGAUGUGCGAGCUGAUGAAGCAGCAGGAGAACCACUUGAAGCAGCAGCUCGCCCUGUACACAGAGAAGUUCGAGGAGUUCCAGAACACACUUUCCAAAAGCAGUGAGGUGUUCACCACGUUCAAGCAGGAGAUGGAAAAGAUGACAAAGAAGAUCAAGAAGCUGGAGAAAGAAACCACCAUGUAUCGAUCCCGAUGGGAAAGCAGCAACAAGGCUCUGCUGGAGAUGGCUGAAGAGAAAACCCUCCGGGACAAAGAGCUGGAAGGCCUACAGGUGAAAAUCCAACGGCUGGAGAAGCUGUGCCGAGCACUGCAGACUGAGCGCAAUGACCUCAACAAGAGGGUACAGGACCUGACUGCGGGGGGCAUUACUGACAUUGGCACUGAGCGGAGGCCGGAGGCCACAACUGCCUCCAAGGAACAAGGGGUUGAAAGUCCUGGGGCUCAACCAGCCAGCUCUCCAAAGGCCACAGACGCUCCUUGCUGCUCAGGAGCCCCGAGCACAGGAACAGCAGGCCAGACAGGGCCCAGAGAGCCCACCCCUGCCACUGCCUAGAGGUCAUGGUGCUUGGGCAUGCUGGGCCGGGAACAGCAGCCCAGUCAGGCCUCGUCCAUGCAAGGCUUCCACACGGAGCAGCCCAGGGCUGAGGCCGUCGGACACUUGGCAAUUGUGAAUUUUGUGGGUUAGUCUUACAUGGAUGGGCAGGCGUGCGUGCAGACCCUCAUGCAGUUCCAUAGUUAACACCUGUAGGUGCACUGUGGGCUUUCACCUCGGGUGGUGUGCAGAUGAAGUUGGAGACUCUGAAAACUGAAGAGUCAUAGAAGAUGUCAACUGAAGCUGGCGUCACAGCAAGCUGGCAGGUCAGAUGACUCCAAUAUUUUCCUACCCAGCUCUGAGGCUCAGACCCCUCUUGGCCUUUUCAGAGCUCGUGACAAGUGAAAACACCCAGGCCUGGACUCCUCCUUUUUGUGAGCAAAACUUGGGCAGUUUGGGCUCUUGUCCCUCCCUCCCCUGGAGGUUCCAUUGCUUCUCUUAACCUGGGAAUGGUGUCCCUGGCAGAGUCUUUGUGGGGAGUGUGCCUGUGUGGGAGGGAAUCCCUCAGGAGCACUUUCCCUCUGGUAGUGCCAGGUCCAGGCCAGUGUUGCUUCUCAGUUCUCAGUAGCCUUAUCAUUCACAGGUGCCUCAAGCCUGCACAAAUAAUUGACAAAUGUCACCCAAAGGAUUCUUUGGGGAGGGUUUUUGUUUGCUUGUUUUGCAUAAGGGUUUGUAUUAAAGAACUUCAAAGGAAGGAACAGGGAUACUCUAGCAGUGGUCCCCAGGUGCCUGGCCUCCAGUGCCCCACUUGGAACCACCCUGUCAGGGUCCUUUGCCAUGUGGGUGCCAAGGUAUUGUGCUUGGGAGGAUAAGAUAGUUCAGAGAAGGGAAGAGGCUUCUAAUGGUUUUGCCACAAGCUUGCCUGUGGGCUUCGGCCUAGGAGGCGACCACUGGUUCCCAUCACUUCUCCAUGCACUUUGCUGGACUGCAGGGCCGCGUGCCCCUUGGCGCAUAGUCAUUUCUUGGCUUCUGCCCCUCGCCUCCAGCUCAGAGGUGCGGUUUUUGAGGACUGCUCUUGUGCCAUUUCCUCGAACCCGCUUGGCCAAAAAGUGAGUCCUUUGGAUUUCACUUCUUCCUGCCUAAGCUGGCUGGUAGGUCAAGAACAGACAUCCCAGGAACCAAAAUAGCUGCGGGGAGUUGUCUUUGCCAUUCCUCCCCAUCCCCCUCGGUGUUCCUGUGUUCUCUGGGGCUCUGCUGAAGCUCUUGUGACUGCACACCCGCCAGGGUGCCCAGUCAGCUGCAGUUUUCUGGAGUAACUGCCUGGGCAGCUGAGGUUUCUCCUCCAUCAGCUGAGUGGACUGUACACUGAGGCUGAGUGGGAUUUUGCUUCUUGUGUUUCAACUAUUGCAAGUUUCUUCAUCUUUCAUAACUAGCCUCUAAGCCCCCACAUACUCAAAAAUUGAGCUGGGUGUGUGAUAUAUUCCUGUAAUCCCAAACUCAGAAGAGCUAGGAAGUAGGGCCCUUGUCAGAAAACCAAAAAGUAAAAGGCUGGUAGAAAACAUCACAUGCUAACAAUCAUGUGUUUAAAUCCAGAAAUUACAAAUUAAUGACCCCUUUCCCAUGUCACAGGCUCUACCGUUUCAAAUACUUGCUGCCCUGGUAUAGUUACUCACUCAGGGUGCCCAGCAGCUGUGUGGAUGUUGAGGCUUUGCCAUCUCCAGCUGUGAUCUGUUGUCCUGUGGAAUCUCUCCCAAGGUCUUAUAUCUUGGAAAUCAUAGUAUUCUUCCUGUUCCAGUAAGGCCUCUCAGCCCACACUCCAGACUGAGAUCUGACCUGUUAACCCAUGGGGCUCCUUAGGCCACAGAGAUGUAAGGGUGAGGCAUCUUUUGCCUCCUUGAAAACGGAAGGGCCUUGUGUGGUCCACUUCCAUUGGCUUGCCUCACUUCAGCUACCUCUUAAAGCUUGUGCAGGGUUACAGCUGUUGGGGCUCAGUGUGGCAGGCCGGAGAACCUUGGCUCUUCCCUCCAUCCACUUGUAGGCACCCAGGACAAUGCAUAGACAGUAAUCUCUCCCUUCUCCCUUCUCCCUUCUCUCCACUGACCAAAUCUACAGUCACUACAGCUGCUCUGCUUUGCUUUCCAAAGUCAGCCCAGGAGGCUGGGCCAGCUGCAGGGAGGCGGCCUGUCUGUGAGAGGGCCAAGUCCCCUGCACAUAACCUCAUUUUAGGACCAAGAGCUGUGUUGGUUUGUUAGAUUGUUAGCUUUUUCUCUAGAGGACCACAGUAGCUAUGGCUUUGAGCCCAGGGCCCUUGGCUAUACAAACUAUUUAGGUCCUUGUCCAGGGGAGAGCUUCGUGUAUGCCAUGUCAGCCCCACUUUUUGUCGUUGUUUUCCAUGAGGCUUUUUGGACCCUGGGCGGAGCGUAGGCACUUUCUGUAAGAAUGUUGUUUCUGUAAAAAUGGUUCUUUAACGCUUCCUAAUCCCCAUCAUGUUAGUCCUCCAGGGCGCUAACCCAGAGACCAGUGGAGCUGCCCAGGUGUCCACAGAGGGGCUGCAGCCUGCAGUGAGCUGCUCCAGCCCCCUCCACCUUAGUCGCAUGUGUGGACCACCAGGCAUCUGACUGCCCUUGAACAGCCUCGGGUAGGAGGGCUGCCUCUGUCCCCAUGACUGUGUUCCUUUGCCACCCACACUUGUUUGAAAUUGUGCUGAUGGCUUUUUUUUCACCCCUCUCCCGUUCCCAGUCUACUUUUGGAAUUCACAACAGCCAGGGACUUGAUAUUGAUGUAUUUUACACCACAUUAAAUAGUCUGUUGCCUUACUUGUAUCUCAGCUAAUCGGGAUUAUUUGAUGUUUCUGGAUCUGCAGAGUGACAGUGGCCCGUCAUCGUCCCACAUCCUCCUGGCCACAAGUUGAGGACCAUGACAGAUUCUUUAGCAGUGUUUGCUCUUGGCACUGAAAAAAAAAAUCAAAGGACAUAAGUAAAAAAUUUUAGACAUUUCAAUAAGGUGUGUACAGCUGUAAUCCCAGCAUGGAAAGGCUGAGGCAUGAUUGCUGUGAGUUUAAGGCUGCCUUGGGCAACAUCAGCUAGGCUUAUAUGAACAGAAACCCUGUCUCAAGGGGGUGGAAUUGAGGGCCUGUGGACAUGGUGGGGUGUGCCCUUGUUGCCAGCACUCUGGAGGAGAAGACAGGAGGACCUCUCACUUUGAGGUCAUCCUGG